AUGUGGAUAGAAUUAUGGGAAGGAUUCAAUGAUAAUGCCUAAGUCACUUAUGUCGGCGAAUAUAAUAUUAAAGGUAUGAAAAUGGGAAGAUGGAAUAUUUGGCAUUAGGAAAAGUAUGGAGAUGACAAAAAUAAUUAAAUGUAAAUAAUACAAAAGAUAUAAAAAGUGGUGGUGGAUAAUAUGAAGAGUAAUAAGAUGGUAUUUGUGUAAAGGUAGGGAUGUGGAUAGAGGUAUGGGAGGGCUUCAACGAUAAUGCCUAAGUCACUUAUAGUGGUCAAUAUAAUCUAAAUGGCGUGAAGGUAGGUUAAUGGGAAAUUAUGUAUAGAAAGAAUGAAGACGAACCAUUCAAAAAAUAUAAAUAUAUCAGGUGGAUAAUAUUAUUAGUAACGAAAAGAUUUUUCAAUUAAAACUGGAGGAUGGAUUGA